ACUGUCACAGAGCUAACAUGGAAGAAGCAAAGCAUAAUGAAGCUGAGGAAGCACAACGGAUUGAAGCUGGGGAAGCAAAGCAUAUUGAAGCUGGGGAAACUUCAAGAUCAUCUAGGAAAGUUAUUACUUUUGAGCCAAAGUUAGUUAUAAACAAAGGAAUAUCGGUUCUUGGAUUCGUUCUGCGGUUAUUUGCUGUUUUUGGAACUAUAGGAAGUGCGCUUGCCAUGGGAACAACACAUGAAUCUGUUGUCUCUUUAAGUCAGCUCGUACUUCUCAAAGUUAAAUACAGCGACUUACCAACGCUCAUGUUUUUCGUGGUUGCAAACGCGAUUGCUGGUGGAUAUUGGUUCUUUCUCUACCUGUGAGUAUCUUUCAUAUCUUCAGUACUAAAGCUAAAACCUCGAGAAUCAUCUUGCUCGUUAUCGACACGGUAAGUAUCUCGCUCCCUCUUUUCCGUUGUUCCCUUUCCCUCCUAUUCAUUAUGAUCGUACUAGAUAUGGUCGAAAGUUGUAAUAUGUGUAGAAACUUUGUCUUAAUAUAGUUUACAUCGAACA